AUGGUCGCUCCCCGCCUCAGCAAACUCCACCUCUACCAAGAUGGCGGCGAUGUCUGCCCCUACCAAGAUGGCGGCGAUGUCUGCCUCUGCCACGAAGGCGGCGAUGCCUGCCUCUACCAAGAUGGCGGCGAUGCCUGUCUCUACCAAGAUGGCGGCGAUGCCUGCCUCUACCAAGAUGGCGGCGAUUCCUGCCUUUUUGCUAAGAUUUUUCAGAUCUGGGAGAGGCCGCGGCCCGAGACAGGGGAGAGGCCGCGGCCCGAGACAGGGGAGAGGUCGGGGGUAGAGACAGGGGAGAGGCCGCGGCCCGAGACAGGGGAGAGGCCGGGGGUAGAGACAGGGGAGAGGUCGGGGGCAGAGACAGGGGAGAGGCCGGGGAUAGAGACGGGGGAGAGGUCGGGGGCAGAGAGCGGGGACACCGCUAAGGUUCAGGAAGGGAAUGAGGAACCGGAGAGAGAGUCCAACGGCUUGGAGUGCCGAGAGGCAGCUGAACCGGUGUGUCCGGGGAAACGCUCGGAGGCCGAGGUGUCGGUGCUGUUCGCGGGACCGGUGUCUCGGGACGGCUGUUGCCGUCUGGUCUGCGAGAUCGUCAAACACGUCCUGUACCAGAGACAGCAGAUGCCGCUGCCCUAUGAACAGUUGCCGUUUUUCACCAGGAGAGCGAACGAGGCGGUGGAUGGUGGGCUGAUGCCGCGGUCAAGGAGGAAUGAACAGAGUGACCGUAAGAAGUACCAGCGAGCCCUGUCAGAUCUGGAUGAAGUUUUUCAGAACUUGGAAGCGGUGUUUGGGUUGACCGUGGUUCCCAGAGUUCACAUCCUGCUGGGUGGUAGCGUGGUCCGUCCUAAGGAGCUUUACGAGGUGAACAUGGAGAGGGUGGCCCUCGGGCACAGAGAGAAGAGCCUGGAGACACUUUCAUGCAUUCGCAAACUCUUUCACACCCUCUUUGUGGAGGAUGUGCUGAAUGAGCUGAGGUCAUUGCCACUGAUGAAUAUGCUGCUCUUGGUAGAGGGACACAGGGAUUCUGGGAUACAGUGGUUCCGACCCAAAUUGAAUUACCGAGUCCCGGAACGCUGCAAAAAGCUGGUGAUCAGCCUGUCCUGCAGUCCCGGGAGCUGCAGCCCCACUGGUGAACAGACAAACCAUUCUGAUAGUAGUGAUUACAUCUGGUUUCAAGCACCAAUCAUAAUCAAGGGAUUCUACGCAUGAGCUCAACGACUCAGAUGAGAGCUUUAUAUGUUUAGCUUUUUAUUGUGUAGUGACUAGGCUUGCAUCUAAUUGUUUUUUUUUAAAAUGUCUGUGUGUUGGGAAGUAUGUGGGCUUCAUAAUUACCUCACAGUAAAACUAUUCUAUGAGAUUUGUGUUCAACUCUCCCUGUGCCCAGUUGCCUCAAUGCAGGUUUUGCAUGGCACAGGUUUCUGGUACAGUGGGAUUUGCUGAGAGGUAUGAAUGCCUAAGUUUCGGAUCUUUCCUUUCACUUGGUUUGUUGCUGAGCCAUAUGGCGGAGGACAUCAGGUUUCAGCUCUGGUUUGUUCCACCAGCUGAUCUCCGCCAGGCUAUUGGCUGUGAGUGCCACAAUUAGCCAUGGCUAUCCUGUUCCUUUUGUAUAUUGACAUUCUGCUGCAAACUGAACACAUGUGAGUGGCUGCAAUACCUUCCAGUCCAAUAUCAUGCUGACAUUCAAUAUGGAACAUGACAAAUGGCUACUUGGGAUAUUACUGAAGGGAACCUAUGGAACUGUACCUCAAGGUAGAAUCGCCUAUUAAGGACAUGCACAGAUGUAUACAGAUAUAGAAAGAUUUAAUGCACCUGCUGUGUACUGUGGAGUUAAAACAGCUUAUAUUUAUAUGAAAUGCAUCAAAUUAGUGAAUCUUUACGAUGUGGAGCAUCCCCCAUCCUCCUGUUAGGCAUGGGGUGAUGGCUUCUAAUCCGGUGCUUACAAAUCAAUAUAUUUUUAAAAAUGAAAAUAAUUUCAAAACUCAAAUAAUAAAUUUACAAUGAUGGAAGUUGCUGCCCCGGGGUCUGUUGUUCCACUUACUGCUCAAAGGGCUUUGAAAGUUGUACUUAUUAAUUUUGUUUUGACACAGUCUGUGGUGAGGAUGCUCUGACACUGAACCUGAUAAACGAUGGGAAGAAAGCUCACUGCUCGACUAGCCAAUUCAUUUCUAUUUAAAUAAAUAA